AUGGGAGCCGAGGGCGCGGUCAACAUCGUAUAUCGCGACCAGAUCCGCAUGGACGCCGAGCCCGACGCCAAGCGCGCCGAACUUAUCGAAGAGUACGAGCGCAUGUUCAUGAACCCCUACGUUGCAGCGAGUCGCGGUCUCAUCGACGACGUGAUCGACCCCGCCGAUACCAGGCCCAAGAUUGUGCAUGCCCUCGAAAUGCUCGAAAACAAGCGAGAAACCCUGCCCCCCAAGAAGCAUGGGAGCAUCCCCCUGUGA